UUAUUGACGAAAAGAGAAUAACAUACAAGGAAAAAAAAAAGGAAUACAUAAAUCAUCUACAUUUUCAUUUUCAUUAGUAUAAAAACCCUUGAGGCCUUGAGUACUGAACCGAAGAACUCAUAUCAAAAGCCAACCAUUUUUCAAGUUUUGUAUUCAUGGCUUCUAAUGAAGUGGUGAUUGUCAUGGUGCCUUUACCAUUGCAAGGCCACCUCAACCAGCUCCUCCACCUCUCCCGCCUCAUCUCCACCUACAACAUUCCCGUCCACUUCGUCGGAACCCCCAAUCACAACCGUCAAGCCAAGCUUCGAGUCCAAGGCUGGGAUCAAACCUCAGACGGCUCAAACUAUAUCCAAUUCCAUGACUUCUCCAUCCCUCCUUUUCCUUGCCCCCCUCCCAACCCUAGUGCACCAACCAAGUUCCCUUCUCAUCUCCAACCCACAUUUCAAGCCACCACCCAUCUCCGCCACCCAGUCGCCGCACUUCUACGCAAACUAGCCUCUCAGUCAAGGCGAGUAGUCGUCAUCCACGACUCCCUCAUGGCUUCCGUCAUCCAAGACGUGGGUUCCAUCGUAAACACCGAGUCCUAUACCUUCCACACUGUUUCCGCCUUCGCCAUUUUCCUGUUAUUAUGGGAAUCAAUUGGAAAGCCUUCUGAGCUAGAAGGGGUGGAGGUCCAAAUCCCUGACACCGUCCCCCGUCUCGAGGAUUGUUUCCCCGACGAGUUCUUUGAUUUCGUUGUUGCUCAAUAUGAAUACAAAAAGUACAGCUCAGGGAGCAUCUUUAACACCAGCAAAACCAUAGAAGGUCAGUACAUAGAUUUACUAAGCAAAUUAGGUGAUAAUAAGAAGCAUUGGGCUAUUGGGCCGUUCAACCCGGUGUCCAUAUCCCUGAAAACUCCAAAGCACAUGUGCUUGGAUUGGCUUGAUAAACAAGAUGCCAACUCAGUAAUAUAUGUGUCUUUUGGAACAACCACCACCAUGACAGAUGAACAGAUCAUGGAGUUGGCUAUUGGGUUGGAAGAAAGCAAACAAAAAUUCAUUUGGGUAUUAAGAGAUGCUGACAAGGGUGACCUUUUCCUCGACGGAGACCAAGUUAGAAAGCCUAAGCUUCCAGAAGGGUAUGAACAGAGAGUGAAAGAUAGGGGAGUAGUAGUUAGAGAUUGGGCGCCCCAGUUGGAGAUUCUGUCGCACAAAUCAAUUGCUUGGUUCGUAAGUCAUUGUGGAUGGAACUCAUGCAUGGAAAGUGUCACGAUGGGAGUUCCCAUAGCAUGUUGGCCGAUGCACUCGGACCAACCAAGAAACACGGUUCUGGUUACUAGGGUGCUCAAAGUUGGUUUGGUUAUGAGAGAUUGGGAGAGAAGGGGUGAGCUUGUGACAUCUUCAAUGGUGAAAGAUGGUGUGCAGAAAUUGAUGGGAUCUGGAGAAGCGGAUGUGAUAAGGAAGAGGGCAGGAGAGUUGGGUGUUGCUGUGAGAGGGUCGAUGGGGAAAGGCGGAACUUCUCGGGCGGAGUUGUCUUCAUUUGUUGCUCAUAUUACUAGAUAGUACUGAAACAUGAAAUGUCGUACUGGGAAUAAAAAAAUUAUAAAUAAAAACAUUUUAUAAACGUAAAGUUGUAUGUGCACUUUUAAUUCUGUUAGAAAAACUUGUUAAAGUGGCUCAAUUUCGGAAAGAUCUACCAAAAAUGGAGGUCUGCG